UCGAGCGAACCCUCCCCUCCCCUCCAACGAAACAAUGCCUUAGUCUCUCGCGGUUGAGCUUGAGCAGCCUCUCUCUCUCUCUCUCUCUCUCUCUCUCUCUGUGGCAUUCCGAGACUUCGACUCUCUGUCACUACUAUCAGCCACCUUCUUCUCUGCUCGGCGACAUCGACCGUCUUCUUUGCUCGGCGAACCGCAAACGGAGAUCUUCAGAUCCGGCAACUCGAGUGUCGGUCGAAUUGCUCGAGUCUCUCUCUCUCUCUCGUUGCUGUUUCUUCUAUGCUCGGCAAACGGCGGCGUUCUCCGGCUUCGCUAAACUCUGUUCAAAACUUCAGAACUUCGAUCGUCUCCACCCACGGCCACAAGGUUUUCUUCUUCUUUCUUUUUCUCUCGUCUCCACCCACGGCCACAAGUUCACAAAUGACAAGGUGCACCAGAUUAGUGUAAGAAUUUCUCAUUUAAUACACCAGGCGGGCUCUAAGUUUUACUCAAAUUAGUGCGGAUUUCUUGCCGCCACUAGUUUUCUUGUCCUCUACUACUCACUAAGUGAAAUCAGAGAAACAAAGGGUCAAAGUCAGAGAAACACCAAGUGAAGUCAAACACCCGUUGGGUACGGUGACAUUAGAAGUUAGAUCAUCAUUAAACCAAAGCACCCAUGAGGUGACUCCCAAUGAAUCAAGACUGUCCAUUGCAAUCAGAGGGCUAAAGAUGAGGCAACUCAUUUGGUGGACGAUUUCAAUGUCGACUAAUGUGUUCAACCAUGACUUCCCACUUCCUCGGCUAAAGUUUGAAGACGGCCAACAUUGUAGUGUUAGCUCCAUUGGAAGCAGUUUGAGCUUGAUUAACCAUGUUGACCAAAGCCAAGACAACACUCUCAUCCAUAAAUUUCUUGAAUCUCAUAUCCUAUGCUAAACUCAAACCUCAUAAGGAGCUCUACUUUGCUUCUGAAUUUUAUAAAUUUUGAACUUAAGGUGUGAAGUCCAAUUUUGUAUUAGCCUUGUACUAGUGACUAGCAAGUUUCAGAGUCUCCGACCAUGUGUUUGCUAAGUUUUCGAAGAACUCUAUCACUUUCCUGCCAAUAUUUGUCUGAAAAGUCCGGUUUACACAAAGUCUUCAUAAAAUCUAGUAAUCCCAAUGAUUUUAUUAUAAGCCACCUUUGUCGAGAGAGGAAAUUUAAGGAAGCCAUUGACAUCUUAAGUGAACAAAAGCGAGUGAAGGAAGCGGUUCAGUUGCUUGAUCACAUUGAUCGACCCUCUUCUCUAAUAUACUCAACGCUUAUUCAAGUUUGUCUUCAACAUCAAGCUCUUGAAGAGGGAAGGAGAGUCCAUGCACACACCAAAGCUUCAAACUUUGUGCCUGGGAAAGUCAUUUCUAACCGUUUGAUUGAUAUGUAUUCAAAAUGUGGAAGCCUUGUGGAUGCCCAGAAGGUGUUUGAUGAGAUGACUGAUCGAGAUUUGUGUUCUUGGAAUAUUAUGAUUGCUGGCUAUGCUAAGGUUGGACAACUUCAACAAGCUAGGAAGCUGUUUGAUGAAAUGCUUCAAAGAGAUAAUUUUUCUUGGACUGCUUUGAUAUCUGGUUAUGUUCGCCAUGGCCAACCGAAAGAAGCUAUGGAAUUGUUUAGAAUGAUGCAAAGGCAUGGUGAUUCAAAAUUAAAUCAAUUUACUCUAUCUAGUGUGUUGACUGCAUCUGCUGCAAUUCAAAGUUUACGUUUUGGGAAGGAAAUUCAUGGACACUUGGUACGAAUGGGUUCAAACUUGGACAAGGUGGUUUUAAGUGCUCUUCUAGAUAUGUAUGGCAAGUGCGGGAGUCUAAGGGAAGCUAGGGGCAUUUUUGAUCAGAUGAAUAGCAGAGAUGUUGUUUCAUGGACAUCCAUGAUUGAUAGAUACUUUGAAGAUGGACAGAAAGAAGAGGGAUUUGCACUGUUUAGAGACUUGUUGCGGUCAGGCGUGCAACCAAAUGAAUAUACAUUUGCCGGAGUUUUAAAUGCUUGUGCUGAUCUUGCUGCGGAGGACCUGGGUAAGGAGCUUCAUUGUUACAUGACAAGAGUGGGUUAUGAUCCCUACUCAUUUGCUGUGAGUGCACUUAUUCAUUUGUACUCAAAGUGUGGGAACAUAGAAAAUGCGAGAAAAGUUUUCAAUCAGAUGCCUUGUCUAGAUUUAGCAUCAUGGACUUCUCUUAUUGUUGGGUAUGCUCAGAAUGGUCAACCUGAGAAGGCUCUUCAUUUCUUUGAUUUACUGCUUAAAUCUGGUCUAAAACCUGAUCAAGUUACUUUUAUUGGGGUUCUUUCAGCUUGUACUCAUGCAGGAUUAGUGGAUAAAGGGCUAGAAUAUUUCCAUUCAAUAAAGGAGAAGCAUGGAUUAACACACACUGCAGAUCAUUAUGCGUGUGUUGUUGAUUUGUUGGCAAGAUCUGGACGCUUCAAAGAAGCAGAGAAUAUCAUUUGCAAAAUGCCUGUAAAGCCAAGUAAAUUUCUUUGGGCAUCCUUACUUGGAGGAUGUAGAAUACAUGGGAACCUUGAAUUGGCUGAACGAGCAGCAAGAGCAUUGUUUGAGAUAGAACCAGAGAAUCCAGCUACCUAUAUCACUCUGGCCAACAUUUAUGCUGAUGCUGGUAUGUGGGGUGAGGUGGCAAAAGUUAGAAAGGCUAUGGAUGUUAGUGGGUUAGUGAAGCUGCCUGGUAAGAGCUGGAUUGAGAUAAAAAGACAAGUGCAUGUGUUCCUAGUUGGUGACACGUCUCACCCAAGAUCAAAUGACAUACUUGAGUUCUUGGGGGAACUCUUUCAGAAAAUGAAAGAGGAGGGAUAUGUGCCAGACACAAACUUUGUGCUACAUGAUGUGGAGGAGGAGCAGAAAGAGCAAAACCUUUCCUACCACAGUGAGAAGCUUGCAGUUGCUUUUGGAGUCAUUUCAACUCCACCAGGAACACCAAUCAAAGUUUUUAAGAACUUAAGAACUUGUGUAGACUGUCACACUGCUAUCAAAUAUAUCUCCAAGAUUGUUCAAAGAAAGAUAAUUGUGAGGGAUUCAAAUCGGUUUCAUUGUUUUGAUGAUGGAAGCUGCUCAUGCAAAGACUAUUGGUAAUGAUUCACUUAAACAGGCUUGCCUAGUAUUAUGACCUGAGAGUGAAUUGACAUCCUCAUUCUGAUCUUGCAAAAGUUGCAGCAUGCCACAGCUGCAUCAUUAAGUGUUCCUAAUCUUUCAAGAGGGUGAUGCUGUCAAACAAACUAAUUGGAUGCCACACUAAUCUACACUAGUGAUGUGAGAUCACGAAGCAUGCCAUAGAGGAUUGGGACAUUGAGAAGUCAACCAAUGGUAUCUUAUCUUAAAGAAGUUUACGUGAAAAAACUUAUAACAAGGAUUAAAGACAUUUAUGUCUAGCCUCCUGUAUUUAGUUAAAGUGAAAUUGAUGUAGAAAAUUGUGGCGAUAGUACUAUUCCUUCUUUUAAGGAGGUGAAGAUAAUGAGGGUGGUAAUGACCACUUCUGUGACAUUUUCGUUUUGUUUCACUUUGAGAGCAGGGGAUCGGAUUUCAGUUUUAUACUUCCUGCACCAUUCUCUAGGGCCAGCACCUUAUGAAUUGUGGUGUAAGCAGGAAUUGAUCUUUGCCUAAAUUUUAAAAUGGAAUGGUGAGUGAUGCCUCGCGAUGAUUUGCUUCUCCAAGAAAGGUUGUUCUUGCCUACUUGAAGAAUUAGAUGAAGUUAUUGAUUCUAUAUUAUUGUUACUUGUCAGUGACAAAUACAGCUGAUUUAAGGGUGGUUGAUCAUUUCACACAUUUAGAUAUGAGGAUAGAAGCAUGGCUACCAUGAGUUUUUCAGAACUGUAAAUCCUGAUGAACAUUUAUUGGAUUGGAAUUUUCCUGCAUCCCUUGGUUUGUUGGAAAUGCUCUUCAUUCAUUCUAUUAUCAAAUAUGAAGUGCUUGUGAAUGUUGUCACUUCAAGGCCUGCAUGCAUUAAGGGUAGCUCCUAAGUUGAUUGGGGAAUUCAUCCAUUUGCGCUAUUUGGAUAGACACAAGUAUUGGAAGUUUGCCCAGUCCUAAUUGGAUGUGUAAGUUGUAUAAUUUAUAGACAUUGGUCUUGUGAUUUUGCCGGCCUCUUAAGAUGUUACCAAAUGACAUGCAAUAUCUUGUCAAUCUUCACCAUUUGGAUCUGUCCUCAUGAGACAGGAUUGCAAGUUUGCCAAACUCAUUGUGAAAAUUAUACAAUCUACAAACAUUGAAGUUGGAAUCUUGUUGGCAUCUGUAGAUGUUGCCAUUUCAUUGUUUAAUCAGCUUUGACUUCUUAUUUACAUAACAAUCGAUCUUUUUUAAAGAUCAUACUAUUAACAAAUUGUUGGCCCUCCCUCCUCUCCAUUCUACAUAUGGUCAUGAUCAAUAGGUGUAAAUCCAAGCUGGUAUGAUCAAUCUCAUCUUGAGCAUUAUUCAACAUUAUAGAUUGAAUCACAACUGUACUAGUUGCUGUAGCUUUUCCUGAACAAUGAUUGCAAGGUUGUGCCUUUUUCUUGCCUUUUGGGCUAGAGAGAUUCUUUGGUAGACUAAGUCCAUGUGAACUAGUCGUUUGGUUGUGUCAGAAGUAGGAUGCACUGAUAAGAAACCUGACAUAUUCAUGUGUGCUCCUCCUUGGUUCAGUCAACAAAUCUAGAUGGGCUGUCUAUCCAUGAAUCUGAGCCUAACCUUUAGGGGAAUUAGCAAGGAAGGGAAAUGAAGAGUCACGGGAGGUGGUAUGACAUAAAACUUGAUGUCAGAUUUGUUGAAUAUGACUGCGUAGCCUUUGUGAACAUCACUUGAAGUAGGACUUGUAAAGUGUUUGUCAAGUAAAUAUUAUAUUUAUUGAUGGUUGAUUUUUAUUUUCAUGUCGGCUUUCAAAAGGAAAUUGUCAAAGCAGCAGAGACGUUUACAACAAUGGGUUAUAAGCAUAUUGAAGCAGGAAUGGAGCUUUCUGAGGUUUGCUGUAGAUAUGGAGCAGAGAAUAGCAGUGAAAACAUAUUGCCUAAGGCUGCAUCAGUAUAUGGUGAUGCUCGCAGACAUGUUGAAAAGGAGCAAGAAGAAUUCAAUCAGCUUGUGUCUUCACUGGUUUUGGACCCCUUAAGAUCAAUGAUCUAUGGUGCACAUUUGGAGGAUGCUUGCCAUCUUGGUCAGUGAUAUAGUCGGAUGAGACAAGCAGAGGCAGUGGGAGGAGACAUCAAGAAGACAAGCACGUGUAAGAGCGGCCCCAACUGCAAAAAAUGUUGUAGAACUGCUUGCUUUAGAAGCCAAGAUGCAAGAACUAAAAGUGAACAUGGCUGUUCUGGGUAAAGAAGCUGCAGCUGCAUUGGCUGCUGUCGAGGCACAACAGCAAAGAUUGACAUUCUAGAGACUUGUUGCUAUGGUAUGCGCUUACACAUGGACAUGCUUGAUAAUAUAAGCUUGGGUUGAAGGGGAAAAAACUUUUCAUACAAGAGUUGCAGCCAUUCUUGGUGAAAUUGAAGCUGAGGCGUGAACCAGAUCUACUGAUUUUUUUUUUUUCCAGGGAUGUUUAUAUGAUUUUAUUACUUCCGUUUUGCUUCCUGUUCUUUGGGCUGUGUUCAUUAUCUAGCAAUAAAAUUUCUUCUCUAAA